UUAAUGAAAUGGGCUGUGAGAGGGGCUCUGACACUGUCUCCCCCACGGGACUCUGUGUGUGUGUCUGUGCAUGAGACCGGCACGCCAUGCUCGGCACCCUGUGCUGCUCUCUGCUCCUGCAACUCGCUCUGCUCCUGGGGGCCCAUGGGGGACUGAAGACGGAGCCACAGCUCGACGUCCAGGAACAAGGCCUCUUUCGGGGAUCCGACCAGUACGACUUCGCCGUCGCUCUGUCCGCCUCGGAGCUGCGCUGCUUCUGGCACUUUGCGCACCAGGAUGGCCGCUUCUACCUGACUUACAUGAUCCAGAGGAUGAGCGGUUUUGCCAGCGAUAGACGGGUCUUGGUCACUGUCCUCACACCUAAGGGGUUCCUGGUGACCUCAUCAAAUGACGCUGUACAGCAAAUAAACUUCCAAACCCAGGAGACAGGUUUUUAUCAGAUGUGCUUCACGAAUAUCUACAACAGCUUUGGCAGCAUUCAAGUCUUCCUGAAUUUUGGGGUGUACUACAAGGGAGUGGGACGGGUGCAGCAAAAGAACAGUGGAAAGGACUACACUGACACACUGCACAGCAUCGCGGACACCUCCAUCAGACUGCACGGCUUGGUGUUCCACAUGUGGCGCCACUACAACUUUGCCCGCAUGAAGAGAGGCACGGACUAUUACGUGCUCCUGGCCAACUGGCGCUACGUGACCUGGUGGUCCGCCGCUCAGAGCGUGCUCAUCAUUUUGGCCGGAUACCUGCAGCUCUUCUUCCUCAAGAGGCUCAUCCACAACAGGAUGAGCAAAGUGACCAAUAAGCCCCGAUGCUAAUAUAUAUUAUAUACUGUAACGACUUGCAUUACUGUUGUAGGAGGGAAGCAUGUGUAAUGUUAAUAGUUGCAUUGUGGGAAAAUGUGAAGUGUGGGUGUGCAACCGCCGGGGGCGCUUCUGGGGAAAAUUAUGGGGUGUCUGUGUUUAGGAUUGCAUUGGAAGAGAGUCGAGGAGCGUUAAACAGGAUGGAAACGAUGGCUAGGGACCGAGAGUAUCAUUUCCCUGGUGCUGGUGUUCAAAUAAAUUGUU